UCCUUUUGUAAACGAUGGCUUUUGCCGUCGAUUUCUUGCGAAUAAAAGCUCACACAUGCAAAUUGACGUAGAGGAAUGUUUGCUCUACUAGCUGGCAUCGUAAUUUUGCAGGAAUGUGUUUUUAUUUACGAUAAGUCGGCGGAUGAAGUCAUUGUUUACAAAAGCAGUUUCGCCUUAAUGAAACGUUGGCAUUGUCACAGUCGAAGCAGGCAGACUCAAAACAGAAGCGUUAUUUUCCGUCCAGUGAAAAAACUGUUCCUCUCGAAGUAGCUAAAACUCCAUCCGAACCAUGGCCACGAUCAACGAUUUACCGAAUGAGAUCCUGCUACUGAUCUUCGAACAUGUACCGAACAAAAAGGAACUCACCCAUACAUGCUACCGGUGGAGCGUACUGGUUGGUCAUAUGUUGCAUCUAUAUAUAGAUCUGACCCUCGUUGAUAAUAUUGGAAAAUUCCUUAAAAUGAAAUUCACUCGUUCCUACCAGCACCUGACGAUCAUCGGUGUAAUGCUAAUGCGUGCGGAAUUCCAUUGGUCUGGCCCGUUUCUUCGUUCGAAACGAGCCCGCUACGAAAUCGAUCCUUAUGAGAUUAUUCGGAAGUGUCUGGAACUGACCCGUCGACUCGAACCAUACUUAAGUGAAUUGAGCCUCUCGUUUGGACCGACGGCUGAUCAUAUUUUGCCGGCUUUCUUGCCUCGUUCGAGUCCUUCCCGAUUGGAAACCUUGACGAUCGUUUUCAACUGCUGGUACCUUCAGCAACCGGAAGACUGGGCCAUCGACCAAUUGCCUUUAGUUGCCAAGGAUUUCAAAAUGGAGGUGGCGGAAAUGCCAAAGCUUAGGAAACUUCACUACGAAGACAGACGAUCCAAGGGGGACCGAAUGGUUAGGCGUAAGUUUUUCGACACGAUCGUUCGAAACGCCAAGGGAAUUACGGAUAUAACAUUGCAGUGCUCGCACUAUGCGUGCUAUCCAGACUUCCGGAUUAUGCGUAGCCUUUCCCAGCAGCUGCAACAUGUCUCGUGCGUUAUUUGGCCAAUCUUCACGAAGGAAUUCUUCCAGCUGACCUUCCCUCGUGCUGAAACCAUGAAACUGAGGUUUGCUUAUUGCACAACCGCCCCGGAGACGGCGAUCCAUUUUUUCGUCAAUGCCGACUGUUUGACGGAUUUGACGGUGGCAAACGUGCACAAUUCGGAAUUCUUCCGCCAUGGGGUUUCCAAGUGCUCUCAGUUGGAGAAGCUGAGCAUCAAUGGCCGACACGAAAUCGCGAUGGACGGCAUGCGAAGUCUCGAUAAGCUGAAGGAAUUGUACCUUUACUCGUCGCAACAUUGUACUGAACAGAACGCGGUUCCUUGUUCCCAGACGUUGGAAAAAUUGGUCCUGGAUCGGUGCACUGUAGGUUUCUCGUUCUACAGCGUACUGGCGAGUAAUGUGCCGUACAUUACCGAACUACACAUCACAGGAGACGAACUAUUCGAUGAUGAGUGUUUGCAGGCUGUCUGUACAUCAAUGGUCAACCUGCGUCGAUUGAAGCUUACUUUGAUGACCUUCGUCGAAGAUCCAGUCACUGAAAGCGGUUUCCAAAACAUCGAAAAUCUCUGCAAACUGGAAUAUUUGUACCUGGAAUCAUGCGACAGAGGUUACUUUUCGCAGCAGGAAAAUCUAUGUCCAACAAUGUUUACAGAUUGGGUACAAAAAGUGACUGCUCCACACAUCCAUCUCAAGAACUUCCGCAAGUUCAACCUGCACAACUUGUUGGACUUAGUGCUGAACCCAAACCUCAAGGAACUAGUUCUCGAACAUUGCGGAAAUGGCAUCCGCAUGGCUGACGGUAUGAAAAAGCUCAAGCUACUCAAAAACGACGUUCCAAAUGUGUUAAUUAUCAGCGAUGACUGGUAAGUGCGUCGAUGGCUGUGAGUUUAACCGUUAUUUUCAUUUGUUUUUUUUUUUUCAAUUAUUGACCAUGCAAUUUUGAAAAGAAAAGCCGUGUGUAAAAAAGCUUAUAUGACACUAUCAUCGGAAUCAUCAUUAUUGUCAAUAUCCACAUUCAAUAUUCAAUAAGUACAGUUGAACUAUAUCGAUUUGCUUGGAAACUAAGUCCAUCAAUAAAAUUAUAAUCUGGAAGC